AUGGUUUCUUCUUUAUUCGUACUGUGGGCUAUCAUCAUUCCCAACUUGUACGUUUCGGAGGGGUUAGAUUACCACAAGUUGGUUCAAAUAUGGCCUAGGGCUUUUUGUAGCAUAAAGAAUAGAAAUUGUCUUCGAACUCCUAACAACUUCACACUUCAUGGAUUGUGGCCCGACAACUACAUUGGCCAGUUGAGUAAUUGUGCCGGCGCACCUGCCAAAGAUAUUACGGAUCAAAAUUUGGUUUCAAGAUUAGAAUCUAGCUGGCCUGAUCUACUUAAGCUAAAUUGUAAAGGACCAAAUGGCCAGUCAUUUUGGAAGUAUGAAUGGAUGAAACACGGCACAUGCUCUACUACCCCAAACGAUUAUGAUGCCUACUUCAAAUUGGCGGCAGAUUUGAAGGAUGAGCAUUACGUUUUACGGACCCUCGGACAAAGUGGAAUUCAGCCUGCAGUAUGCACGCUUUCUGGACAAUCGACUGUUAACAUCUAUGGUGUCAAUGCAUCCAUUGUUGGGGCUACAAGAAGGCAGAUUCAGAUAAGAUGCAAAAUCAACAGCACAAACAGGAAAAACCCUCGUACACUGUUGUAUGAGAUUAUCAUAUGUUAUGAUUCUACUGGAACUACCAACGUCUUUUUUUGGAAAGGGAAUGAAAAACCUCUACUCUCAUGUGAGAAUCAGUUAUCAGGGUUAUCAGGUUGUGAAUUUCCUGGCUUUAUUGUGGAAUCCAACAACAAAAGCAAGAAGAGGAAGCAUUCUGUUGAACCUUCAAAGAAGGAUGCAAAGAAGUUCAAGGGUAAUUGCUACAACUGUGAAAAAGCUAGAUAUCGCCCCGUCAACUAUCGCAAACCAAAGAAGCAAGCCCAAGCAAAUAACACUGAAUUUGAUUCCAUAUCAAAUUGUAUAUCUGAUAUGAAUUUGUCAAUUGUCAUUCUACAAUGCAACAACAUUGGAAACCCCAUGGAAUGA